UAUGUAAAUCCAAUCAAUUCUGCAAUUGUUCAAAUUUAUAUUUUAUAUAGAUUUUGUUAAUAAAAUGGAUCGCUGGAGCUGGGAUAGUAGCCAUGACUCCAGUCAGAUACUGACACGUCAAAACGGAAUAAAACUUUACGACGGAGAUGACGGUACUUCCUUCGAGGAUGGGAUUCUACAACUGACACCGACAAAAAUAAUAUGGACAGAUUCGCGAAACCAAAACUGCAAUUUACUGCUGAGUUUAUCGCUGAUUGUCCAAGUUGAAAAAACAUCUGGGGGGAUAGGGAAAGCCCCUAAACUUGUACUUCAUCUUUCCAGACCCGAUGCGAACAAACCACCAGGUCCUGUUGCCCAUAGUCGGAAUAAUUUCAUAAGAAUCGGCUUUAAAAACCAUGGUGAUUCAGAAUUUUAUUCCGCAAUGAUGAACGCAUUAAAAAAUAGAGAAUGGGAAAAACGACCGCAACAAACUUCAACACAAGGGGGAGCUAGACCACAAAAUCAAGGGGGUCGAAUAAAAGGAGGUGGAAUUGUCGGAAUCGAAAGAAAAAUAGAGCAAAGACAUAAAGAAGCCGAGAAAAAUAUUUCUGUCGCGUUUCAAGAUUUAACGAAGCUAAUGGACAAAGCGAAAGAAAUGGUCCAACUUUCACAAGCGAUUUCAUCAAAAAUAAAAGACAAACAAGGAGACAUUUCUGAGGACGAAACGAUCAAAUUUAAAUCAUAUUUAUUGAGUCUCGGAAUCCCAAAUCCUGUUACCAAGGAAACACACGGAACGGGGACGCAUUAUCACAUGCAACUUGCACGAGAGUUGAGCGAUUCUCUCGUACCAGAGCUGAGAAAACGAGAUGGGAUUAUUUUACUAUCGGACGCAUAUUGUAUGAUUAAUCGAGCACGCGGACUGGAAAUGCUUUCUCCGGAUGAUAUGAUCAAUGCUUGUAAGAUGUUCGAGAGUAUGAAACUACCGGUUCGAAUGAAAACGUACGAUAGCGGAGUUUCUGUGAUACAACUUGAAACUCACAGCGAGGAGAAAUCUGUGACGCAAACCGUAGCGUUAGUUACAGAUAGUGAGUCGUUGACUGCACAACAAUUGGCAAAUUUGAUUGAAAUUUCCGUUUUUCUAGCGAAAGAACGACUGAUUUUAGCGGAAAAGUUGGGAAAACUUUGUCGGGAUGACAGCGUUGAGGGUUUGAGGUUUUUUGUGAAUCGAUUUGUGUGAAUUUUUAAUCGAAUGUCGAAUUUUCAGAAAAUUUAGAAAAAAUCUCUGAAAAUGAUUAAAAAUAGAAUAAUUUGGGAAAAAUUGCUGCUAUUCAGUCAAAUUUUGAUUUGAAAUUUGAAAAUUCACUUUGAUGUUUUUCAUAAAUACAUUUGUGUGAGUUCUUAAUCAAUUUUCACAUUCCGUUAGAAAUUUUGAAAUAUCUGUUCUUCCGACAAAAUACCCAGAUUAUAUGAAUCUCUGAAUUUUGCUUUUAUUCAGUUAAAUUAUUGUCAAAUGACUAAAUGAUAUUUGAAAGCAGGUACAUUUCUGGCAUAACGGACAUUUCUAAGAAAUUUAGAGAAAAAUCUAUUUCUCAGUCAAAAUUCUGGGUUGCAUAAAUGUCUAAAAAUAAGCAGGCCAAAAAACUGGAACGUGAAAUUCUUCUGUUUGUCAGUUUAAGCAUUAUGGAAAUCUGUUUGUUUUCAAAAAUAUUCCCGUUUCCAUGUCAAAUGACUGGUUUGUGUUAAUUUCAAAUAAUUACUUUUCAUCGCUUGUUCCUCACUUAAAUCCUUGUGGUUUCAAUGAAUUCGUUAUUAUUUUUGUUUUCCAGGCCUAAUUUUAUGUCAGAUGACGAAUCUCCAAUAAGUUCAAAUAAAUGACUCUUUAUUAAUCCAAUUUAAUUCAGAUUUAUGGCACUUUGAAUACCGAAAAUUAUACCCUCUUACUUUUCCACACAAAGCUUAUUUGUUUCUUUCGCUUCCGAGCAAUAGUUUAUAUUAAGCAGCCAUUGCUAUAGGCAGCCCCAGUCACAAUAAUUUUUUCCAAUGAGUUCAAAAACUUCACUCCGCACCUGUUAUAAUAGGGUGUCCAUGAAGUCUUCAAAUUUUUCAAAAUUGCAAAGGGAAUUCAUCGAUACCAUACAUUGUUUUGGCCCUCACAGCUGUAUUAAAUGAAGUAAAAAUACUUAAAAACAAUUACUGAUUAAAAACAACAAAUCUGGUUGAGAUAUAUUGGGAACUGACUCCAUAACAAAAGUGAAGUUGUGAGGAGAAUUUAUGGACACCCUGUAUAUUAUGUUCUAAAUCAGAGAACUUUUUUUGUUUAAGGGGUCGCCCAUUCUUUAUUCCUGAACAGGAGUUACCGCUACAAUUAGAUAUUAACAUGUAAAAAUUGCUAGAAAUAAACUGCCUGUUAUUAUUGUGUAUUUUGCAAUAUUUUUGACAAGGCUGGUCACCGAAUUUACAUGGCUGGCCACUUUGUAAUUUGUGAUGUUGUUAAAGUCAAGUACACAUUGUUUUCAACAAUUAUCAGAAUUCAAAUCAAUUUCAGUCUAUUUCAUCCUUACUGCAUUGCAUGACUUCAAAUGCUCAUUUUUUUAAUGAAAAUAUUCUUAAUAAUUCACAGUAAUUGUAGAAUUUUUUUGAUUUUCAAUAACUCCAAAGUUUUUUAUAUCACAGUUUGGGGCUUUCCCUUUUUUCUGUUUAGGCCAGGUAAACGUAAACCAAAUGGGUCACUAUCCAUAAUAGGGCCAUUCCAAGCAAAAGUUGAAUUCCAUCAAUUUUUUUAAAAGUGUAGUGAAGGUAAUUUUUUUGUAUUUUUUAUAUCAAAUGUCAUUGGAAUUUUGUUGGACUGCAUUCCUUUCACCGAAAAAAUUUCACCUAGGUUUUUGAUGGUUUUCAAAAAAUGGCCUAAAAUGUAGAAAUUUUGGUAUAAUUGACAUAUUUUGUGAUGAUUUGUGACACAAAGUGUUUGAUUGUGUGAUACAGUUAUUUCAUAGGAAAUGGACUCACUGAAUUCAAGUUGAUAAAGUUUAAAUGUUUGCAGUGCUGUAGGACAUUUCUUCACCCAUUUAACAAUUUAUUACCAGAAUUUUAAGAGAUGAUAGAGGCCGCUGUUCCGAAGUGGAAAAAUGUCCUGUAGUGUCACAUACAAUAUGCACAUUAUUGGCAUGGAUUUACACUGUUACAUUAGGUGAAUUGAGCCACACAUAGAAGGGUCCUUCAGCUACUGCACCAGAAAAUAUUAUGGGCUCCUGCUAUACCAUCGC